AUGCCGCCUAUUACGGCAGUGUACUGGGGGGUGGAUGGCGCCGAGAUGGGUCGCUGCCGUUUCGCCCAGGAUUCGAAGGUGGCCGAUGCAAAGAUGCUGCUAAAGGGCAAGGGAAAGCUGGCCAAGCCAGGCCAUGAGGCGCAGCUGCUCUUCAAGGAUGUCUCCCUGAAGGACCCAAGCCGCCCCUUGCUGCAGAUCUUCGGGCAGCAUGCCGAGGCCAUGGAAGAAGGAGGAAUCCAGAUGGACCUGCAGGUUCAGUUGUCUGCGCAGGUUGUUUUCAAGAAGGGAGAUGGCUCUCGCCGAUGCCGGCUCUGCGACCUGGAGGAGGAAGAGUGGUCUCAGGAGUACGACAAAGUUCCGAACUACUUCUUAAAGUGCAAGUCAGACUGCCAGGUCUUGGUGUGCAAGGCUUGUUGGGACGGCGGUAUUGAGGAGUGUCCCAACUGCCAUGAGGCUGUUUCCUCCCUGCCCUCGGAAGUGACCUUCACCGAAAAGCUGGAGGAUCCCGGUAGGCUCUUGGAGUUUACUGGCCCAGUGCAGAAGGUGGACCUGAAGCCAUGGAGGGGCAAACCUGAUCCAAGGGCAUACCAGGAGGCGGCUUUCAAGGCGGCUGUCCACGGGAACCGGAUCCUCGUUUUGCCCACCGGGACUGGCAAGACCUUGGUGGCAACAAUGCUUGUGGACCAUUUUCUCGCCGAUGAGCCGCAGGGCUUUGCCGUGGUCGUUGUCAAUGUGGCUCCUUUGGUCCGCCAGCAGGCAGACUACAUCCGGGACAAGUCGACCAUCCAGGCGGUCCGUGUCACUGAGCAACUGGGCAAUGGUGUCGAGUGGACUGAGGAGUACUGGAGAGCUGUGCGGCAGAACCAGGUCAUCGUCUGUACCGCAGAGAUCCUACGGAAGGCCAUUAUCGACCAUGCAUUCCUUCGGUUGGAUGGCUGCAAGCUCCUUGUUUUCGAUGAGGCACACCAUGCCCUCGGAGGCCAUCCCUUCGUAAGAAUCUUGGAGAGGGUCUCCGAGCAAGCUUCGGGGCCGAGAAUUGUUGGCCUCACGGCUUGCUUCUUGCAUGGGAGGCUCAAUGCGCCGGAGGCUAAGCGGCAGCAGCUUGAGGAUCGGUUUGCAGGCACCAUCUGGGUCCCCGAAGACGCCGACAUCCGAGAUCAUCUACCCAGUUUCAAUUUCGAGCGCUUGGUGGCCAAUCGGUCCGGAGGGGACUUGGUCUCAGAACGCAUCUUCCUGCAAAAGGCCAGGGAACUGCAGCAGAGCAUCUUGAGCGGCUUGCCUCAGGAUUUGCAGGACAUGGUUGUGCAGCAUGCCAACAAAGCGGAGGGCGUAAUGAAGUUGCUGGGUCGGGCGGGGGCCGAGUUUUAUUUCUCACAUGGCCUUCUCCCAUGCAUACAACAGAAGCUCGAGAUCAGAGGGAAGGUGUUCAGCAAAGGCCAGAAGUCCCAAAGGUCUAGUUCCAAAAUCCAGGCCAAGAUCGCACAGCUGGAGGACAUGCAAACAGCCUGUCAAUCGGAUCUGCCCAAGAGGCUGCAGGGCUUGCAAGCAGGUUUGGAUGACAUCUCCGGAAAGGCGCAGGCCUUGGUCCAGCGUCUGCAAGAGCUGCUGGAACUGGACGAGCAAACCCGAUGCAUCGUUUUCGUUGCAGAAGUCGCCCCCUCUUACCCGCUUGCGGAGCUGUUGAACAGCAGAGUCAAACCUGGGAUCCUGCCCGUCAGUGGCCGAUCCUCUAUGUCAGACACCGUGCGGGAGACGAAUCUCCGAAAGUUCCGUGACGAAAAGGAGCCAGUGUGGUGUUUAGUAGCCACGAGUUGCCUCGAAGAGGGAAUCGACAUUCCCUCAUGCAACGUCGUAGUGCGCUUUGACAAGUUCGACAAUGUCAAGAGCCACGUCCAAGGCACGGGUCGUUGCCGUGGGGCAGGCAAGGGUGGUCUGGUCAUCUACUUCGAGAAUGAUCCUGAGGAAGAACAACUUCGGGCUCAGCAGGUGCACCAGAUAGCACAGCGGGAUGCUCAGGAGCCGGUGGCAGCAGGACCUCGGCAAAGUGCUGCAGGCUCCAUACAUCCAGCCACAGGGGCCGAGAUCAACCGUGGCAAUUGCUUGACAUUGCUCAACAGCUACAUCAGCCGUGCCUGCUCAGGAAAUAUGUCCCUGGACGAUGCCUUCAAGCCAAGUUCAGCGGCAAUCAAGAAGUGUGUAGUGCCAACUCGCGACACCGACUUGACUGUCUCGGCAGAGGACGUGAAAGAGGAGGUGCGGAAGAAUCCGGAGCUGGCGUCUUGGAUGCCCAGGGAGCGCUUUGCACUUCUGACGUUGAUGCGGCUACGUGAGCAGGGAUUGCUCUCGGAGAACCACAUACCGGAGGUUAUGCCUGGUGAACAGCAGACCUUCGAUGCACAGGAAGUUGCAUCGAGGAGGCGUCAUCUCCGCUUCAACCCAAAGGCACUCGAGCUCCUUCAGGCUGUGAAGAGUGAGAUGUUGAAACGCAUCCGCAAGGGCUUGAACGGCGGCAACAGCAAGGGCAUCCUGAAGGAGUGUGUUGACUUGCUUCGGGGUGGUACGGAUGACAUUGUGUACCGAGAUGUGCCAUGUGGUUCGGGCUUCCAGCGCCGAGUUUGCCUCAAGGUCCUGCCGGAUGAGCCGUGCUUUCCAGCAGGUGAAUCAUGUCCGAAGAAAGUCGAAGCGGAGCAGAGCGCUGCACGCAAGGCCCUUGAAGAGCUGCAAGCCCUUCUGGAGCCCAUCGCCGAGCGAACCGAAGAGCUCUCCUCUGUCAAAGAAGCCGCCGCAAAGGAGAUUCCCAAGACCGGGGCUCCCAGUGAAUCCCCGCGAGCGCAGGAGGCGCCUGUGCAAGUUGCUCUCGAAGAUGCUGGGACCGAGCUUUCCCCGCUGCCUGUGCAAAAUGCAGCUGCUCUCCAAGACGCUGGGGCAGAGAUGUCCUCUGCGCCCAUGCAAGCUGCAGCUGCCGUCGAGGAAGGGAUGUCACUGAAAACUUUCUGUGCGGAGCACGGCCUCUCGGAUCGACUCCACACGAAGCUCAAAGGCGAAGACAUCAGGAGUCCAGAGGAGCUCCUGAUGAUCUCGGAAGAGGAUAUCAGCAAGAUCACCUCCGAGCUGAAGAUCGGGGAUAAAGCACGUUUCAGGAAGGCGAUUGAGUCCCUUCGUUGA